GAAAUAGCAACAAGUGCACGCACUGCCGGCCGACGACUAACUAGUUCAUUCCGCCGGACCACGCGACUCCGCAAUAAUAUAUCGUUACACUCUCGGCAGACGCGCUGAUGCUGUGCGCGUGACCAUAGACAUACGGAAACCGGUCACUGCUCAUUUGGCGGACCGACAGAGUUAUCCUUAGUGCGACUGCAAAAUUCGCGAACACCGUCACCACGACCCGCCGUCCGAUCGCGCACUCCAACCGUGCUCGAUAUUUUCGUCGUUAUACCGUCGCACCUUAUAUUUUAUUAUCACCUAGAGUUUAUUGAACACUUCGCUUAAGUUUCACUAUCGUCGCGAUCAUGGUCGCCGACGACGAACAACCGCGGACCCCGAUGAAUCGCAUGCAGAGCACCGUCUCGUUCGCGGCGACGACGAUCGACAACCGUGGCGUCCACGGUAACCGCGGUAAUCGCAACGACGACGAAGACGACGACGACAACCACUCGUCCGCCGGCAGUACCGACGAUGUGCUGCCCGACGACGAGGAAGAGAUGCCUCUGGUCGAUGCGUCCAGGACGAGGGUGUUCAGUGUGUCUGCCGACAGGCCGAUUACCAGGAUCCCGACCCGGGUCGACAUGAAGACGUUGACGCACAAGGCGAAGAGACCGGCCGUCGACAUCGAAUUCCACGACCUGACAUACGCCGUCAACACGACAGCGGGACAAAGAACAAUAUUGAAAGGCAUAAACGGUUUCUUUCGUUCGGGACACCUGACCGCCAUUAUGGGUCCUUCCGGUGCUGGGAAGAGUUCGCUGAUGAACAUACUCGCUGGAUACGUGAGAAGUGACAUAAAAGGACAAAUUCUUACAAAUGGUCAUCCCAGGAAUAUGCAACUUUUCAAAAAACUUUCCAGUUACAUAAUGCAAGAAGAUCUGCUUCAACCCAGACUUACAGUUUUAGAAUCAUUGAGUUACGCAGCUCGAUUAAAAAUUGGCCGUGAAUUGUCUAAAGAAGACAAAGAUAAAGCUGUGAACGAGGUGCUGGAACUCUUAGGGGUAUCGGUGUGCCGUAACACGUAUGUGGAGAAAUUAUCCGGAGGUCAGCGCAAACGUCUGUCCGUGGCCCUCGAGUUGGUCAACAAUCCGCCGGUGAUAUUUCUAGAUGAACCCACCACUGGGCUGGACAUUGUGGCGAUAAAGCAGUGCGUCACCCUGUUGGUCGAUCUCGCCAAACAAGGAAGGACCGUGGUGUGCACCAUACAUCAGCCCAGCUCGUCGUUAUUCCACAUGUUCGACCACGUGUACAUGCUGGCCCGAGGCUCUUGUAUUUACAACGGGUCGCCAAAACAAUUGGUGCCGUUCCUGGCACAGGUCGGACACGUCUGCAAGCCCACACACAACCCAGCAGAUUUCGUUUUCGAGGUAUUAGACAACGAUACAAUUGUCGACUUAACGAGAGAAAUUCAAAAUGGAAAAGUAAUAUUAUGUGACGAUUUAGAUGAAAUGGAAAAUGGAAUGGCAACUUCCAAACUUUGUCGUACCGACACGCUUAUAACAUUACCACCGGUAUUUGAUGACGUGGACGAAGUAGAUCAAUCCGAAGCGGAAUAUCCAUCAUCUUUCAGUACACAGUUCUCUAUACUGUUGGCCAGGAAAACCAAACAAUUCUGUAGGAAUACCACUGGACUGUGGAUAUCUUUUUUCCAUCAUACAUUCUCGGCAUUGCUUCUCGGAAGCAUUUACUAUGGAAUCGGAUCAGAUGGUAAUCGACCAUUUGAAAAUUUCAAGUUUUGUAUCAGUGUAAUCGUGUUUUUUGUUUAUACUCACGUUAUGGGUCCAGUACUUACAUUCCCGUCGGAAGUUAAACUAUUGCGGCGAGAAUACUUUAAUCAUUGGUAUAGUCUCAAAUCGUACAUUAUUGCAUCCACUAUUACAUCAUUACCAAGCAUGGUGAUAUUUGGAUCGCUAUUCCUUUUAAUUGUAUACUUUAUGUCUGCACAACCAAUAGAGUGGAUUAGAUUCAGUGAGUUUAUGGCUAUAGGACUAUUUACUGGUUACACAUCCGAAGGAUUGGGAGUUCUCAUUGGGUCAUCUGUAAAAAAUUCCACCGGCGCCGUGAUGACGCCUGCACUACUGGCGCCGAUGCUCGCGCUGGCCGUCUACGGAAUGGGCUACGGGCUGGCCAUCGAGCCCAUCAUGGAGUCGCUGAUGGCCACCAGCUUCCUGAGGUACGCGCUGGUCGGCGUGUGCACUUCGCUGUUCGGCAACAGUCGAGCGGACAUGGCCUGCCACAACGACGACGUUUACUGCCACUACAAGAACCCGGAACUGCUGCUCCGGGACCUGGGCAUGAGCGGCCGGUCGAUCGUCAACCAGUUCAUCGGGCUGGCCCUGUUCGGCCUGUUCUUCAGGCUGGCCGCGUACUACAUCAUCAAGCUGAGGAUGAUGAACAAACCACUCCGCAAGAUACCGUUGUACUUCAAGAAGUUCCUGCGAGGACAGUGAUCCCGCGACGACGGCGGCGGCGCGAACAACUUUUCGCGCGGUCCACUCAUCCGUCUCGUCGUCAUCAUCGUUAUAUAUUGGAUACAUAAUAUUAUAGUACUCAGGCCUAAGUCACGUCAUCGAAUGUGAGUCCUUCAAAGUGAUUCGACUUAGGCACCGCACAGUAGUCCUGUCCAUAUAGUAAUAUUGUAACAACGAUGACUCGCACGUUUAACAUUAUAUUAUUUAAACGAGACAACUCGAUCGCUCGUUCUACAGGACGUCCGACGAGUAUAGGUAAAACGAUUAAUAUUAUGUUACCAAUAUUAUUUUAUAAUAUAUUUUUAUUUAUUCCAUCGAUUUCUAUCACGUCGGUUUCAAUUGUACGUAAUCGACAUGUUAGGUUAUAUUCUGUAAGUUGUAUUUAUGUAUGAUAUUUAUGUGUACCUAGUGCCUACGUCUUGCCUUGUUUUGUUUUGUUUUUUUGUACGUUUUAUACCUGUUACGAAGAGUUUUUAGUAUUUUCAGUGUUCAAAAACUUUUCAUAAUUGUCCACAAACAGCUUUAGCUCCUAAAACAUUAAUGUUUUAAUCACGAAAA